AUGGAGCUCUCGCAGGCCCGGGUGCCGCCACGUGCACGCCGUCGUGGUGACGUCCGCGCUUGUCGCCGCAGGCGUCGCCGCGUUCUCCAGCGGGGCGCUCUCGCGCACCGCGGCGGGCGUAACUACGGGGCGGCGCGGGGAAGGAGGCUACUAAUUCCCGUUUCCGACGCGGCUUCCGCGAAAGCGUCGAAGGCGAUGGACGGCGUUGUUGGCGUGGCUGCCCGCGGAGAUCGCGACGUCGCUCGACGACUUCCCCUUCUUCCUCAAGUGAGCCGCUUUCCCUCCUGCCACUCGCCGGUGAUUUAUUUGCUAAGCAAGUCGUUGAAUCUGACUCACGGUCGUGUGUCGCCGCGCAGCAAGAAGACGCGCGAGCUGCUCACCGCGUCGGCUGGGAGGACGUUCCUCUGCGAGGGCGCUUCGAAGCGGUUUCACUCCAUCACCGUGCGAGGCCCCGAAGGGUCGGUGCGGUACCAGGCGGAGCUGUGCAAGGGGCUGGCCAAGAAGUUCGACGCCGCCCUGUUCCUCCUCGACGCCUCCUUCGUGCACCUGCUCUCGCAGGUGCCUGGAUCGGGCUUCGCCUAUUUCACGGAGAAAGGGGACGCAGCUGCCACGCUUCAGGCCUCUCAUGCGCGCCCCAGUGAUCUGCCUGGUGGCGAGCGCGGAUGGCUGUGCGGCAGCGCUGGCCCAGACCCUGGCGAAGCGGGUGGAGGGGUCCCCAUGGCAUGCUCGUCGUUGCCUCCUGCACUGCUGCCUGCGAGGAGGGAGAGGAAGGUGCGGGCGUGGGAGGCGAUGCUCAAGGAGCAGAGUCACUACAUGGUGUGCGAGCGGAACAUGCAGGCCAUCUUCCUGGCGCUGAAGGCGCGCAAGGUGACGUGGGAUGAGGACGUGGCAGACGCGCGGUUCAACUUCACGGCCGCGCCACUGCGAUGGUACGCUGCGCUGCUCGCUGUGCGCUCACAUGAUCCACUUAGCCCGGUCAGGGGAGUUUCUUCUAAUCGGUUCUGUGCGGUGCGUGGGCGUGCAGAGGUGGAGGACAUCAUCAACAUGGCCUGUCGGAGCAGAUGCUUGCCGGCCGCACCAACGCGCAGUUGCACGUCACACGCGACAGGUGCGUGUGCCUCCUUGCUCAUGCCUUUCAUGGCCUCAUCCGGCACGGCGCUCACGGCGCUGACAGCAUGUGUGCUGUCGAUUGAAUGCGUCAGGCUGGAGUACUCGCUGAGUCUCUUCUUCGAUGAGGAUGGUGCAUGCCAUGAGAAGACCGCCGUCACCAACGGCCAGGUGGGGCAGGGCAAGGAGAGCAGUGGCGGUGCACAAGGCGGGUGCUGCGCGUGGGCAUCCCCAAGGGCGACGAGGGGCGCGGGCUCCAAGGUGGGCACGCCCAGGGGCGAUGCGCUCGCAUGGUUUGCUAACGCGGGGAUUUUCCCCGCUGUGCGGGCGGGGCAGGACGACAACGACUUUGAGAAGCGCAUCCGCCCGGAGAUCCUGGGCGCCGGCAGCAUCGGAGUGACGUUUGAGUCCAUUGGAGCGCUGGAGAGCGUGAAGGAGUCGCUGCGGGAGCUGGUGCUCGUGCCGCUCAAGCACCCCGAGAUCUUCAACAAGGGCGGCCUGCUGCAGGUGAGAGCUUCUGACGCAACGCUACUUGGUGUGGUGGCAGGCGUGCAAGGGCAUUCUGCUGUUCGGCCCGCGGGCACGGGCAAGACGAUGCUGGCCAAGGCGGUGGCACGGAGUGUGGGGCGAGCUUCAUCAACGUGUCCAUGUCCACCAUCACCUCCAAGUGGUGUCGGUGAGGACGAGAAGAACGUGAGGGCACUGUUCACGCUGGCGGAGAAGGUGGCGCCCACCGUCAUCUUCAUCGACGAGCGUUUUAAUUGGCUGGGUUCGUGUUCGUUUGGGUGGUUCACAUUGAUCGUUUCGCAUGCUGCGGUGGCAGGUGGACAGCAUGUUGGGGCAGCGCAAGGGGGCGGGGAGCACGAGGCGAUGAGGAAGAUAAAGAACGAGUUCAUGACGCACUGGGACGGGCUCGCCUCCAAGGCGGGCAGCCGUGUGCUCGUGCUCGCCGCCACCAACCGCCCCUUCGACCUCGAUGAGGCCAUCAUCCGCCGCUUCCAGCGCCGUGUGAGACCACACCAUGCGCGCCAUCCUCUUGCACUUCAUUUACUCUCGCAUCAUGGUGGGGCUGCCGGCGCGGGCAACAGGGAGCUCAUUCUGCGCUUCAUCCUGCAGCACGAGCACGUGGAUGCUGACGUGGACUACUGUGAGCUCGCGCAGCUCACUGAAGGCUUCUCAGGGAGGACCUCAAGACUCUCUGCACCGCAGCAGCUUAUGGCGUACUGA